CAUGCAGGACAUGCAGGCCAUCCAAAGUGUAUAAAUGCACAUGGAGCCUCAGUGGCUGCAGCUCUUCAGCACAGCUUGGCUUCACUGGACCACCGAAGCGGACACCUCUUUACAUUACUCUGUAUGACUAAAGAACAUUUGCCUCCGUUACAGAUUAAGACAGAAUCCUCUUUCAUCACCUGACGUUCAAUAUGAGUUUUGUGCCAGAAUGGAUUAUGGAGAACAGCAAGAGAGAGAUCCUAGGCCAAGGCUGUGAGAUCCUUGCAGCCACAGUAGGCCAGUUCAAUCCCAUCCUGGAGGCAGUAUUUAAGUUCUCCGCUAUGCUCUUUAGCAACCCAGAGAGCAAAGAGGCUAAGUAUCUUGCCGAGCAGUUUGUGAAGGUCAACCAGAAGCUGGAAAACAUCCAGGGUGAUAUUCAAAAAACAGAGCUGGCAAUAAAGCAAUCACUUAUGAACAUCCAGUACUUCAACCUCCAAGCAAACAUAAAUAGUCAGUAUGAAUAUUUUAAACAUAUUUUCACACCCAAAUCUAAUAAGAAGUUGAAGCGAGAUGAGUUCCUCAAGUUCUUUGAGAAAUUUGAGGGAGAAAAGAACCUUGAAUGCUUAUAUAAUGCUAUCAUGAUAGAGAACACCUCUGGACAGACAAUGCUGGACAUUAUAGUGGAAACUGAGCAGCGGAGCAGGAGGGCAGUGGAGGAAUUCUGUGCUAGCCUGAAGAAGCUGUUUGGGGUUGGGAUCAUCUCACUGAUGGGCUACGCUGCACUAAAGGAAGAUACUGUGGAUGACAAAAUGGGGAAGAAAUGGCUUGCCCGCAUGGAGGAUGUGGAGAAGCGCAUGAAGGCAGCAGUGGAUGAGUGUGUGAACAACUUUGCUGAGCAAGCCAAGUCUGAUAUAGAUAAGAUGCUCAAGGGGAAGCAGAGCAGUGUCGACCCUGAGUUUACUAAAUUCCUACUGGAGGCUCUUGUGGAGAAGUAUUACUGGGUCUCCUGGUCAGUCCGGGUGUUUAACGCUGAUGAUAGCAAACUUGUGAAGUUUCUGUUUGGGAAGAAGCACCAUAUAAAUGGUGGAGUUGACAAUUAUUUUGAAAAUUUGAGUGGUAAUAAAAUAAGGGUGGUGGUGUCUUUCACUGCAGACCCUAAACCACUCGACAAGAACCAGAUAAAGGAUCAAAUAGAGAAAGAGAAAGGUGGUGUGGAGUCUGUGGCUGAGUCACUGAGCCAUAGUUUUCCCAACUGCCUUGUCCAUGCCAUCAAUCGCUGUACGAAAGUGAAGGAAGCCAAUAAUUUUCAGCCUGAGCACCUUUAUUAUAUUCAUCACAAACAAGCACACAUCUGUAUUCACUCUGAAUAAUGGAAAUUAGAUCAAACUAAACAUAUUGAUGUCCAAUCAGAAUCUAAACUCUCCAGGGUUCUAUUAAUUAAUGAGUUCUACAAUUUUUAUGAUAAUAAAGAUUUGAUUAUUUACAAAUGUAUGAUUGUUAUUAGUAAUGAUGAUGUUAUGGCACUUAAUUAAUGAAACAAGACCGAUUAAGACUGAGGGUCAAAGCACUAAGGCUUGAGAUGAUCACUUUUAAUAAAGGCUUGUAAAAAGGAAAAAG